UUAUUUAGAAGCUGCUUGGAGGUUAUGGCUGAUAAGCUGGACCCCCCUGGCCUGGCUGAUGCUUCAGAGCCACUUUUUUCCUUUGGAGUUAUAGCAGAUAUUCAAUAUGCCGAUUUAGAAGAUGGAUACAAUUAUCAAAGAAGCAGGCGGAGGUACUACCGACACAGUCUUGUUCACUUACAGGGAGCCAUUGAAGACUGGAAUAAGGAAAGCAGCAUGCCCUGCUGUGUCCUGCAGCUCGGAGACAUCAUUGAUGGCUACAAUGCACAAUAUAAAGUUUCAGAAAAGUCUCUAGAACUUGUCAUGAACACAUUCCAAAUGCUUAAAGUCCCCGUUCACCACACAUGGGGCAACCAUGAGUUCUAUAACUUCAGUAGAGACUACUUAGCAAACUCUAAACUUAACAGCAAGUUUCUAGAAGACCGGAUUGUGCAGCAUCCUGAGACCACACCAUCAGAGAACUAUUAUGCUUAUCACUUUGUACCAUUCCCGAAAUUCCGGUUCAUUUUACUUGAUGCCUAUGACCUGAGUGUCUUGGGCAUAGAUCACUCUUCUCCAAAAUAUGAGCAGUGUAUGAAGAUGCUGAGGGAGCACAACCCAAAUGUGGAGUUGAAUAGUCCCCAAGGACUUUCUGAGCCCCAGUAUGUCCAGUUUAAUGGAGGAUUCAGCCAAGAACAGCUGAGCUGGUUGAACCAGGUUCUUACGUUCUCUGACACGAACCAGGAAAAGGUGGUGAUUGUGAGCCAUCUUCCCAUUUACCCAGAGGCCUCAGACAGCAUGUGCCUGGCUUGGAACUACAUGGAUGUCCUGUCAAUCAUAUGGUCUCACAAGUGUGUGGUUUGUUUCCUUGCUGGUCACACACAUGACGGUGGCUACUCUGAGGAUCCUUUUGGUGUGCACCAUGUCAACCUUGAAGGAGUUAUUGAAACAGCUCCGGACAGCCAGGCCUUUGGCACAGUUCACGUCUACCCUGACAAAAUGCUGCUGAAAGGAAGAGGCAGAGUUCCAGACAGAAUUCUGAAUUACAGAAAGGAACAAGCUUUGUGAUUUUAGUAUCAUUAUCUUGUCUGCCUUUGCAGAAAGAAGAUGAUGUUUUGUGUUUUAUUCUGUUACAUAAAAAGUUCAAUUCUUGGUCCCUUUGUUAAAUAUUGUGAUUGUGCACAAAAUGUACUUGUGGCUUUAGUAUGUGUGAGUGUGGAUAAAAUUCAGAAAUGUUAUUUUCGGAUAAUAUAUCCAAAUACUGAAAGCUAGUACUAAAGUUAACCAGGAAGGAGACUCUGUAGGCAUGUAGUCCUGAUAAGGAACUGUGCUUGGCCUAGUUGGAAUGUGCUCUUGUGUUAACUCUACAGCUUAGCGCAUGAAAAGCCAAGCAAGUCUGCCCUGCCUGCCUGCUGCAUUAGUGACUUUGGGCCGUUUGGUUCAGAGCACCUAUACUUAGAUAUAAGUGACAUUCCCAUUCUUUGAAGAAAAGCUGAAGAGUUAUUUUAGGUGUAAGUGUGGUGCUUGCGUCUC